CUCGGUCAAAGUGAGCAGACGGGCUCUAUUGCAUCAUCAUCAUCAUCCUCUUCAUCUUCAUCAUGUCCUUGACUGCAGCUUCCAGACUUCAUGAAUCCAACCUUGAUUUGACCAACAGAAGCCAGCAGAACAACUGGGUUUCUUUCCAGGCCGAGUGCCCGCCUCUGCCCUUGCCCACCCUGGGCACACAUGUGGUCCUGACAGGCAACGGCAGCCAUGUUGGCUCCAUGGUGUCGCUGCUGUGUCCGAGCAAACACAAGCGAGUGGGCGUGGAGCUGACGUGUGUCAUGGCCGCCAACAAAGCUCGCUGGGUGGGUGAACUCCACUGCACACCGUUGUCUGUCUUUGAAGGCAAUGGCUUCCGUGUGGCUGCUCUGGCGUCCAUCGUGAGCAUUGGCGUAAUAUCCAUCAUGUCCAUGCUCUUCAUCACCUGCUGUAUUCUGGACUGCAUCCAAAAGGACGCCGGGAGAAAGCAGCAGAGAAGGUACGAGAAGGAAGCGGGCGGCCUCAAAGGCCUGGAGAAGUACGCGUCAUGGUGGGACAUCCACGUCCCAGACCACGUGUGUGACAACAGUCCUCCCAGACGGUGCACCUACAGCCAUGGCCGCACGAGUACUCUCCCCGGCUUCAGCUCGGAUCAACGUCUCAUCGCCACAUCGGAUAGCGAUCGGACCUCAGGACCGCCUCCUUCCUGUUACGUGUGCACGCGCUCGGAUCAUGUACCGCUCCCUACUCGAGAACCUGGUCUCAGCUGGCAGCAUCACAGCCGUGAAUUGUGAGAGUGCACAACAACACCAACGCUGUGCACUUAACGCUGCCGGUCAAGAAUAUUCUGGAACUUCAAUCACUUCCACAGCUCGGGUGUCCAAACUUCCUCCAGCAAUGGCAGCUUGCAGAUUAAAGACAAGAUAUUUAAUGUUCAAA